AUGGCUGAUUCUAAUCUUGUUCUUCCUGGUGACGUUGUUAGCUCUGACGCUUCCUACCUUCUUCAGGGCCAUGGUACUCAUGUCUCUAGGAACGAGCUGAAAGCUAGCUAUUCUGGUCUCGUCAAACAUGUGAACCAGCUUGUGUAUGUAGAGCCCUUCAGUGGCAGGUACAUGGGUCAGAUCGGCGAUAUUGUGAUUGGCAUUGUCGAGAGCAUUCAGGGCAACAAGUGGUUUCUCGACGUCAACUCUGUCGAGAGGGCUCACCUUUCCAUUCUUCAGGUGAACACUGAGGAGCUUGCCAACCGCCGCAAGAUUGAUGAGGACGUUUAUGAGAUGAGCAAUCUUUUCCGCGUCAAGGACAUUAUCUCUUCUGAGAUUCAACGCAUUUCUCCCAGUGGCACUAUCAUUUUACAGACUCGCACUAGCAAGUAUGGCAGACUUGACAAUGGCAUUCUUGUUGUCGUUCGCCCUAACCUCGUCAUGAGGCAGGUAAAACACAUUUAUGACAUGGAGUGUGGCGUUAGGGUCAUCAUGGGAUGUAACGGAUAUAUUUGGCUAACCACUUGGAUGACUUCUGACAAGGGCAACAUUCUUUCCAUUGGCACCUUCUCAUCCAAUGUUAAAACUGAUUUAAUAAAGAAAGUCUGCAUUGUUAGGAACAUUCUUCUAAUGUUCUCUUCCCAUCUAAUUAAGUUAAACUUUGAUCUCAUUAACAGGGCUUUCGGCGUCUACUCCAGGCUGUUCCCUGGUAAGUACAACCUGGACAAACUCAUGGAAACGUCACUCUUAUCUCACCUCCAGGCCUAA